AUGCCUUCUUUGUCGUUUCGAGAUGACUUCUCUGUUGGGGAGAUUUCAGAGAUUGAGGAGAGUUGCCGAGAAGCUGCGUCUUCAAGAUGUUCGUUGUUUGUCGAUCAAGCCUCGACAGACGAUUGCCAAGGUCGCGCCAAAGUGGGACAACCCUUGAACUGUAUUUCCCUGACUUACUUUUUCUUCCUCUCUACAUUCCAGGAACUGGACGAGAAUCUAGUUGAAUCUCUGACGAGCAUUCUAGGCGAGAAACGUGUCAGUCUGACUGAGCCAGUCAGAGAACAACACGGGAGAGACGAAGGACCGUAUGAACCCAUGCCUCCCCAAAUGGUUGUCUUUCCUGAAACCACAGACGAAGUCAGUGAAGUGGCGAAAGCGUGUUAUUCGUUCAACGUCCCGAUGAUACCCUUUGGAACUGGGACUGGGUUGGAAGGUGGAACGCUUGCAUUGAAUGGAGGCGUUUGUUUGGAUCUUAUGAGAAUGCACGGGAUCGGGGAUGUUCAUGCGGAAGAUUUCUUCGUCUCUGUACGACCUGGGGUCACGAGGCUACACCUAAAUCGGUUCAUUAAGGAUCAUGGUCUAUGGUUUCCCGUUGAUCCCGGAGCUGAUGCUUCCCUGUGUGGAAUGUGUGCCACGAGUGCCUCGGGAACAAAUGCCGUGAAAUACGGGACAAUGAAGGAGAACGUGCUGAAUCUCGAAGUUGUGCUCGCAGAUGGCCGAGUUCUCCACACAGCAGGAAAAGACAGAUGCACGAAGAAAUCCUCGGCUGGUUACAAUCUCACGAAUUUGUUCCUGGGGAGCGAAGGUACCCUGGGAAUAAUAACGGAAGCCACGCUGAAGCUUCACGCCAUUCCCGAAACCAUGCUUUCGGCAAUCUGCAGCUUUCCUUCGGUGAAAUCCGCCGUGGAAACGACUAUUCAAAUUAUGUCUUCGAGCAUUCCUGUGGCCAGAAUCGAGUUGCUGGACGAAGAGGCGAUGAAGGCGUGCAAUGCUUAUAGCAAGACCGACUAUGAAAUUGCGCCGACGUUGUUUUUUGAGUUUCAUGGCUCUGAGGCGUCGGUUGAAGCUGAAGCGUCUCUUGUAGGAGAUUUGUCGGAAGCCAACGGUGGCUCUGGAUUUCGUUACGCCAAGACGCCGGAGGAUCGAUCCAAGCUUUGGAAGGCCCGUCAUGACAUGUACUACGCAAUUCUCUCGACGAAGCCCGGGUACAGAGCCGUCAUUACUGACGUUUGCGUGCCUGUGUCUCAACUGGAGACCAUGAUUACGGAAACUCAGCACGAUUUCAACGUGUCUGGCCUUUCUGGUCCAAUUCUCGGCCACGUUGGCGACGGGAACUUCCACUCUUUUGUAAUGUUUGACCCGGAAGACGAUUCCCAACUGAAAGCUGCCAGAGAACUCGCUUCACGCAUGGCUCGAAGAGCGCUGGCAUUGAAGGGAACCUGCACCGGUGAACACGGGGUCGGAUGGGGCAAGAAACCGUAUCUGGACGAGGAGCUCGGAGGCGUUAAUGUGGACGUUAUGCGUCAGAUUAAAGCCGCUUUGGAUCCGAAAAACUUGAUGAACCCAGGCAAAGUUUUUUGAGACGUGAUAAUCGGACUGAGACGCGCAUUAUCUGGAAAGGAAACCUGAUAUCGUUGUGGUGCUAAUGAUUAUUGUUUUUCUUUGUGAAAAAAAAAAUCCGAGGGGCUUCUCAGAAGUCUUGCGAGUCACUGACGAGUUUUCGUUGCUAAUGCUUUCGAUGAGGAGAAUGAAGGUAAACCAAUUAUAAACUGAGAGAGUUGGGGCAAAAAAAAAGACACCAUCACACUGUGGUGAGCAUUAGGAGGAAUAACUACAGAAUAAAUUUGUUAUUUUGACAAAUAUACUUUAAUUUGGACUGAAGU